AUGUGUGCAUAUAAAAGUAGUUUAAAGACAGGAUMUGUUGUGACACAACUAUCUAGCUUCCAUAAAAAACAAGUUGAAAUUAAUCGCAAAUACAUGUCUAGUUUAAUUGAUGUUGUGUUAUACCUUGCUAAGCAAGGCAUAGCAUUUAGAGGACAUAAUGAAAAUUUAGAUUCUUUAAAUCAAGGUAAUUAUAAGGAAAUGUGCCAUAUGGUAUUUUCAAAGUUCAUGCCAGAUUUGAAAAAUGUAUAUGAGAAUAAAAUUAACCAUACCAGUUGGAAAGUGCAGGACGAAAUUAUUAAAAUAAGUGCUGACCUAAUUAAAGAAAUUAUUGUUGAGGAAAUUGUUGUUUCUGGGAAUUUUGCACUUAUGGUUGAUGAAGCCAGGUCCCAUAAAGAAGAACAGUUAUCUGUAUGUGUACGGUAUGCUGUUGGUCUUGAGGCACGUGAAAGAUUUUUGCAAUUCAUAGAUGUUUCUAAUGGACAAACUGCCAACCAUAUWAUUUCUGCUGUUUUUARUUGUUUUCAAAAUUUAAGUAUUAAUAUCAAUACAUUAAAUAUUGUUGCUCAGUCUUAUGAUGGUGCCAGCGUAAUGGCUGGACACCUUGGAGGUGUCCAGUCAAAAAUUAAACAACAAUUUCCAUGUGCCAUAUACACACACUGUAUGGCACACAGAUUAAAUUUGAUUGUUGUGGAUAUGUGUAAAGGAAUAAAGAGAGCUCGAAGUAUUUUUAAUACUUUAGAAAUGGUUUAUGUUCAUUUCUCUCGACCAUCCAACAAUGCUAARCUCAUUGAAGUUCAAUCUAAACUAGGUUUAAAAAAAGGAAAUGUUCUCAGGAUAUGCGAUACAAGAUGGGUAUGUCGCUAUAAAAAUUGCGAAUCGAUGAUAAAAAAUUACUCAUCAAUAUUAGAAUUUUUAAAGAAUGAAGUUGAAGCACAAGUGGACAAAGAUGCUAUUGAAGCUAUCGGUAUUCUCGGUCAAAUAMAAAACUGUGCUUUUUUUAUUGGAGUUACUCUAUUGAAAGACAUUCUUGGUAUCAUUAAUAUAAUAAGUGUCACAUUACAAUCUAAAAAUGCCACUUUAGGAAAAGCAAAAAGCAUUAUCAAUGGAAGUAUACAAAGUAUUGAAAAAUUACGUUCUGACAUUGAAUUUUCUACAUUUUGGCAAAAAAUUACAUCUUUAGCUGAAGAGAAUGAUAUAACCCUUGAAGUACCACACAAAGGAAGAAAACGGAUAAGAACUCAACCGAAAUCUUUGAACAAUUUUUACUUACAAUUAACAACUGGAGAAGAAAAUGAACCAAAUAUUACACAAUCUGUUGAAGACUAUUGGAGACAAAAUUUAUACUAUCCAAUAAUUGAUUCUAUAAUCGUUAAUUUAAAAUAUAGGUUCUCUGAAGAAAGUUUAUCUAUGGCUUGCUCCGUUGAUAAUUUUAUGAAUAUGAACUAUGAAGGAAGCUUAGAGUUCAUAAAUAACUAUWAAAAUGUGACAAAAGUUUCAAUCGAUUUAUUAAAAGCUGAAAUGAUGGUUUUCAAAAACUGUUUGCCACCAGAUUUCAAUUUURAUGACAUUAAAGGAAAAAUAAAUAAAGAAGCUUUUCCUAACUUGUAUAAGCUACUUCAAAUUGCAAUUACAAUCCCAAUAAGUUCUGCAACUUGUGAACGUAGUUUUUCUAGUAUGAGACGUAUCAAAAAUUGGCUAAGAACAAUGAUUGUUCCUUAA